AUGAAAUUCAACCUUCUAGCAGCUUGUUUGGUCCACAUAACCCUCGCAGUCCCAAGUAACCAGGAGAAGCGCGAUUCUAUAAAGCCUGUCGUGAAAGGAACACCACAAGUAGUUGGCAUUCUGGCAGACUCUUCUUUGAAUCGAGACUCCUGUGGAUCUUCUCUGUUUGGAGAUCGUGCUUUGUGGGUAUGCCGAGACACACAACAUUAUGAUCCGGAUGGAAUCCCAAAUUUGCCGAUUUUUACUAGCUCCGCGUCAUGGUCGGACUUCGUUACUGGUGGUGGCUCUCAGCUGACCAUGUACGGUGAUAAUCAAGACAAAUCUUUCUAUCCACUUGUUCCUGGGAACUGUGACGAUAACCAGGCUGGGAUAUGCUCAGACGGAACAAGAUAUCCGCUGUGGGCCAACGCACCUCCCCUGGUCACCAGCUUGGAUUCUAGUGGUACGACUACUGGAUAUACGUGGAUCAGCAACUCCCAUAUUUCGGGUCUUUCCGACCUUAUCCAACACCCAUCCGUCGCUCUCUACCGCGUCACCUAUACAUCUGGGGCUAGUGGACUCCCCAAGGCCGAGUUGGUCAACCAAGCUUUCUGGGCUGAGAACGACAUUCCUUUUGGUACAUAUGGAGGUGUGGUCCAAGAUGACAUUGUUUAUAUCUGGGGACAAGCCACGGGGGGGCUCUGUGAAUCUCGCACGUGUACCCAACUAGACGACGAUGCGGCAACGAUCGAGAAUGCAUCUGCCGGCGGUCAGGGAACUUACUACUUUUCCAACCCUUGGAAGUCGUUUGUCUGGAUCGGCCAGCCCAGUAACUCAGUCUCGGCGGAUUUCUAUAUCACCACUUCGCCUGCACCAGAAGGACCGUGGACUGAGCCAGUUAAAUUCUACUCUGGUGCCAACGGAAAUUAUUCAUUGGGAGCAUAUACCUUACAGGCGAAUCCUGCAUUUUCUCUGCCUGACUCCAAUGAGAUCUACCUCACGUAUACAAAGACCGACGCAGUCGGAGAUAAUGUCGCGUUGUAUACCACGCCUCUGAUACUCGUGGAAUGGGAAAACUGA